CAGAAACACGUAGGCCUGCCUUCUUUGCCUCGCCCCAGUCCAACCAACCAAUGUCAUGCAUAUAAAUGAAAGCGACCCUAACACUUGGGUGCUUAGAGAUCUCGCUUGUUGCUUGGAAAAAUGAAGUCUCUUCUAUCAAUGUCAAUUAUGCUCGUAUCAUUCACGUCUGCAACAGCAAACAGAACAGGGGUUUGUCAGAAUGAAAAAAAAUGCUUUUGUCAGUUUUCGGAUUCUCGGUAUAUUGACUUGGAACCUAUAGGAGAUAUAAGAUUUAAAGACAGAGUUUUUCCUUGGACUCUACGUUACGAAAUUCAGCUUUGUGAAACAUUUAGUGAGAGAACAUGUGAACAUGUGUUGGGCUGCCAGGUUCCUUUGUUUGGCAAGACGUUUUCAAUAGGCAGCAGCCUAAGUUUUGUCUCUGAAACUCUUAUUGAAUUGCUGAAUGGAACAGAUGGAAGGUCAUCAAGGAUCACUUUGUCAUGUAACAAGAAGGAAAAAACUUCUUUGCAGUUUCUAAAUGAGGAGCCAGCAUUGAUUUACAACUUCAAGCUUACAAGUCCAACUGUCUGCACCCAAGACAUGACAACGAUAGCGACAUCAUUUGAGCCCCCAACUGUGACAACUGCAACAACUAAGAUAACUGAUUCCACAACUGUAACCACUGCAACAACUGAUCCCAGAAAUGUAACCACCUCAACAACUAAUCCCACAACUGUAACCACUGCAACAACUAAGAUAACUGAUCCCACAACUGUAUACACUGCAACAACUAAGAUAACUGACCCCACAACUGUAACCACUGCAACAACUGAUCCCACAAAUGUAACCACCUCAACAACUAAGAUAACCGAUCCCACAACUGUAACCACUGCAACAACUAAGAUAACUGACCCCACAACUGUAACCACUGCAACAGCUGAUCCCACAUAUGUAACCACCUCAACAACUAAUCCCACAACUGUAACCACUGCAACAACUAAGAUAACUGAUCCCACAACUGUAACCACUGCAACAACUAAGAUAACUGAUCCCACAACUGUAACCACUGCAACAACUGAUCCCACAAAUGUAACCACCUCAACAACUAAUCCCACAACUGUAACCACUGCAACAACUAAGACAACUAAUCCCAUAACUGUAACCACUGCCACAGCUGCCACAAGUCAACCCACGUCUGUCACAAAUGCCACGACAUUGCCAACUCACGUUACGAAUAUGACCGCUGCUUCCAUUGAGACAACCUAUACCGCUACUACUGACAUUACAACACCUAUUCCGACUACAGCACAUACAUGCAGAGGCAGUACUCUCAGCUCAAGCAAUGCUCUCACCAUGUGGAUUCUCGGACUUCUUUCUAGCAAAUUAAUUUACAGACAGAUUUUAUAAAAGAGAACAACAAAAGUUGAUAACUCUAAGAGACUCUUAUUGCAUUGUUGCAUUUCUAACUAAUCUUUCGUUUUUAACUAUUAUUGCAGUUAUAUAUUCAACUAUAUAUGGUUAUGUAUUGAGUUUUGAAGAGGCUAUAUAUAUUUUCAAUGUGUGUGAUCUCAGAAUGAGAAAGCUUAGGCUGUAACUACAGGAGCUUAUGCAGACAUUUUUGACGGCAAUAUCAACGAAUGUAUUGUCUCAUGUCUUACUAGGUAAAAGAGUAAAAAAAUAAAUAUUAUCCCUACAGUGUACAAUAGUAGGAGAGUGAAGUGUCUUAGCGGCGGUGUCAGAACUGUAUACUAGUUUGGGAUGUAGAAAAGAUAUUAUUUCCAAUGUUAAGGGUAAUGUAUUUCAAAAUUUGCUAAAUCAGUAAAACAUGAGUAAGGAAAAACAAUAAUGCAUAUUAUAUUGAAACAAACAAACAUGCGAGUUAUUUCCACAAGACCUUAGCAUUUAAAUAAAUAUUAAUGAGGCGACAAAGUGUGGACGAGAGACAAUGAGGAGGGGAGAAAACUAGUUAAACAUUUUAUAUGUACACCGAAAACUUUAUUAUUUCCCUUUUUAUGUUUAGCUUUCAAUAUCAUGAAUGUCAUAAACUAACCAACCCCAAUCCAAUAUUUCCAGUCCCUUAUCUUUUUUUUUCUACCAUUAUUGUCUGAUCCAAUUCAAUAUGUAUAAGUUUUUUGUGUUUUUUUGUUUACUCUAUGCGUUAUGUUAUGAAGAAUUUCUUUUUUCUGAACUUUAUAACGCCCUAGAAAUGUGACAAGAAUUGAUGUGCUGUGUAUUUUGUUAAGUAUUAAAUACCGUGCCAGAAAGUAAGAGAAUGUCUUUGAGGUU